AAAAAGAAAGAGCAUAUCGGAUAUGGCUGGAAAUGACUUGCUGCGAGGUAGUAAAGGAUCUACAGGUGAAAAUUUACACUAAGCAACUGAGACGUAGUAACAGGUGAGGGUAUAAAUACGCGGGACAAACGCAGGUAGGCAUGCACACUCUCCCUCACCCACACGGGAAUAUCACAUCACCCUUAUCUCUCUCUCCAGAAAUCGAAUUCGAGACAAUGGCAAGUGUUCGCUCCAUUGCUGUGCUUAUGUUGGUGGCGCUGUCCCUGGCUGCAGUAUGCGAAUCCCUGAAGCUGUGUCGGCAGUUCCCUAGCUGCUGCGCGACCAAUUCGUGUCACGCGUUGUGCCCCUCGUGUCGGGAAGCCAAGUUCUUCACCAAUGGCGUGAGGAACAAGCCCAGUGGACGUGUUCCCAAAAUCAGCUUCAUCAACGGAGAUCCCUUUGCCAACCCAAGUGGCGGCGUGUUCCCCGACCCUCUCAUCUUUGUGUAAUGGUCCAGCUCUCCUUUAACUUUGCCUCUGGACAGCCAGUUGAGGCCGAGCUUCAUUUCGCUGAGUGCAUCGUCAGCCAGUUGAAGUCGGCUUUCUUUUCGCUGUCGCAGUGGUUGGCUCAGCCAGUUGAACUGCAUGUUCAUUUCGCUGAUGUCACACAAGGUGUAGCAUUUAGUCAGUUCGUGAGAUUUCGAGCAGGAGUCUCAUCUAGUCCCCGGGGACUUCCCUUUCGGAGGAGGUCCUCAAGCCAAAGACGUCGUGGGUCUCAGUGUGAGAGAAGAGAUAGGAACAGUGAGAGAAGAGUCUUUCCCAGAUUGUCUCUCUUGGGUGAAUGUCAUGCACACUCAUCCAUGCAGGUGAAGUGUUAAGACAUGGCAAGUCGAAAAGGCCAAAAGAAAAGUCUGUUAAGACUGUCUGUUGGCCCGACGAUGCUCAUGUAGUGUGGCCUUCUGCCCAGUGGUGUUCCAAGCCAGAAGAAUCCCCGGAUUGCCUUCUGGUUGAUUGUUCCCGUACAUCGUGUCUCUGACGGUGUAUUUUGCCAAAGAGAAGUGUUUUGUGUGGUGUGUGGAUUGUGAAUGUAUUUAUACCAGAUGUGGUUCGCCAUAUUGCUCAUCUAUUGUGCUUUUGUAUUUUUUUCAUAAAUAAACAAAAUUUUGAUUUA